AUGAUCUCCAAUCGACAAAGCAACAUAAGGGAGUUGCAUAACGACCAACGUGACACCUUCGCAUCGGCCAAAAUGACAGCGUCGUCGAAUGCUCCUUCUCCUGAGAGUAGCAAUCAAACCCUCGAGAAGGUUUUGGAAGAAAAGAUAUUGAAACGGGUUCUCGCAGAGAUCCAAGAAUCUAAAGAUGACACUGAUUCCAAGAUUGAAAGCUUGCAAUUGGACACGGAUGCAAAGAUCAACGCCAUCUUGAGAGGUUCCCAAGGGACGAACAAUGGCGACGCAGCCAAUAACAAUGACCCAUCACCAGCCGACGAUCCUCCAAAGUUCAAGCUUCCGCGAGAUGUAUAUUCAGUUCUUGCGACUGCAUCUUGGUCUUCGGUUCCUUUUUGGUUCUGCGGCUUUGUUAUCUUUGGAUUCCAGUAUUUUUUGCUGAUUCUUCUAUUGGCCAAUCAGGUCGAUAUCAAUUCGGAAGACAAUCCAUUGAACUUGCCAGCAAAUGUUGAGACACCGGUCCGCAUCAGUCAGAUUCUCUUGGUUGCCAUCGCCUUGUUCAGUCAAGAUGAUCUAUUGGUUGGGAUCGAAUCAUUUUUUGACGGAAAGCCCGAUUAUUAUCGUGGCGAUCUUCGUUUUGUGAGCAUGCCACUCGUUCAAUGGCGACUGGCAUCAGUCAUUCGACUGGUUCAAGGCCUACUCAAUCUGCUUGCGGCCUUUGUGUUAUCGAUUCAGGCAGAAACCAUCCCAGAUGUUUUGCUGAACGUGCUCGGGGUUGGUUUCAUUUCGAAUCUUGACGAUUUGGCAUUCGGCCUUGCCUUGAAAGGAUACUUUGGACAAUCCACGAAAUCGCUGGCGAAAGAUGUUUGUGAUGCAGAGUUUCACCGCAAUUCAAAGAAGGAUCAAAACAUAGAUCACACUUUGGUUACCAAACUCAAGAACAGUGCACACAUCAUGAUGGCCUUCGCAGUCUUGGUCGUCAUUCUUUUCUCAUUUACUUUUCUUUCGAUUGCACAAAAUCGGGGGAUGUUCUCCGAACAAGACAUCCAGAUUGAAUUCGGAGAUGAGCUUCUGCCCUUCCUUGGACUCUUCAACGGUUGCUACAAGGCUUCCGAGUCAUCCAAUGAGCAGCCCUCUGGCCGAUUGGUCUAUGAGCAAGUUGGUUAUGCAAACGGCGGCAAGUUUGGGUUCUGCUCUGACUUUGGAGGAGGUGACGGUGGAUGGGCAUUCUUCAUUGGUGAGGUGGGAGACAUAUGCGAGACAUUCAUUGUUCGAUCUGGCGAAACGUCAACUUUUAGUCUGCUGGAAGCCGCAACGACCAAGUGGUAUACUUCGGAGGACCUUCCGUUGGACUACUUGGAAAUCACCGAGAUAAAGAACCCAUCUUCUGAGUGCGGACAGUCGAUGUUGCGUAAAACAAUUGAUGCAUGUCCAGCAAUUCUAGACUUUGAUUCGAUUCCUAUGUCGCGACUUCCUCAGCGUAUUGACAAUAUGGAGUCUCGAUCUAUUCUGGAUGCUUCUGUCUCCCACCCAAUCUAUUACUACAACAGGAUCGAAGCCAGAAGCUUUGAUUUAUUGUUUUUCACAGGCCGAAGAUGGCUGCGAACAAAUUCGGAACACAUCUCUACCCUAGCUGGAAACGAAACGAGUCUGUCAGAUAUCCACGAUUUCUUUUUUGUAAAGGAUGGGCUUUUCACGCUUAUCAAUGAUCUGAGAACAUCCCCAGACAGUCAAACGUUAUGGGUAAGUGCUAUGAGUGGAAUCGUGGAUGUCAAGAGAGAUCAAGGAUCGGCUCUUGGGCUUCAGUGGUAUUUGCCUCGCUACGAGACUGCAGAUGAGACAAGCGAAGGAGACAAUAGUCGUGGUUACCUUCAACGGAACUUUCCGUCUGCAGAUCUCACCAGACCAAUUGAUACAGUCAUGACAUGCCUAUAUUGCAACAAAGAAACCAAUCCUUGCCGUUACGAGGGAGUCUGUGAUAAUGACAGUGGCAUUUGUAAUUGCAAACACGGUACCAAGGGCGAGCUGUGUCAAAUAGAACCUCUUGAAAAUGGAGUAUGCGAUUUGUUCUUCAACACAGCAGAAUAUCAGUACGAUGGCGGAGAUUGCUGUGGUGGGACUUGCGUGGGAGCACAGUGUGGCGAGGACGAUCGUCCGAAUCCUUUCUUGGAUGCAAUGCAUUUGAGCAACCCUCUAUUCUUCCUCGGUGAACCGUUUUUUGCGUUUGACGAUAUGGCAGAUGACUGGAACGACACCUAUCGUGGACGGGAAUUUGGAUUUGGCAUGGAUAUCGUCAAUGACGACGACCUGAAGUUUUACUUCGUUCCAUUUCGGUACGAGCACUGUAUUGAUCCAAACACAGCAUUGCUCUUGAUCCAAAUGAAACCAGUCUGGUAUCAGUCAGACAUGUACAAGGGCUUGGAGUUUGAAGGUAUAACGGUGCGAUGCGAUGGCACGUUUUACCUACGGAUGCCAGAAUUUACGCUGAACACAGUGGGCGAGCCUACUGGCACCUUCCAAGAACAAGUUCGCGUUCCUUACGGAGCAGAUUGCGUCAUUGAGUUCAUCAGCGAACAUGGUUAUAUGAUCGAUGAGGUGUCUGUUUUUGCAGAGAACGAGCCAGAGCCGUUUAUAAAACAACGACGCAUACUUGGCUCGGACACAGUGCCCACUAGAUUCCAGAUUCCAGAAUCAACUUGUGUACGGAAUUUGUUUCUUGAAAAUCGUUUCUCUAUAUCUUCAUUUGAGGUAGGAGAAUGGAACAUGCCAGACCUUUCCUUUGGCUGGAACGAGUACAUGUCCGAAGACGAGUAUACCAGCUUCGCAGAAGGUGGUCAAAUAGAUGCUAUUUGCAAAAGAGAUCGGGAUGAAGUGCUCGAACGAUAUGUACUAUGGAAAAUUGCAAAUUCGACUAUCAUGGACCUAUCCCAGAACUUUUUUGGUCACAUUUGUGAUGGUCUAUGGGACGAGAGGGACAAGGGCAGUUUGUCUCUAACUUGCAGCGGCCGGCGAGUCAAUACACUCCAUGUUCCUACUUUCAAAAUGGAAGCUUCUCAGAUUGAAGAGGCCAUCAAAAUGUUGGAGUACGCCAAAAAGUUAGAGCAUGUCGGAUUACCUGGUAUUGGAAAUGAGACGCUGGAGGCUGCGGCUAUGGAUGUCCUAUCAACACUUCCUGUUUUGACAAGUCUUGACAUGACUGGUGCAUCCCAGAACAACUUGACGUCUCUUCCCUCCAAGAUUGGUAGUUUGACAUCGCUGCAAGGGCUUGACUUGUAUGAUAACCAAUUGACAUCGCUCCCUUCUGAGAUUGGACGAUUGAUAUCCCUGACAAAUCUUAACUUGUAUUCCAAUCAGUUGACUUCUCUCCCAUCCGAGAUUGGAAGAUUGACAUCGCUGCAAGAUCUUGACUUGUCCGACAACCAGUUGAUUUCUCUCCCUUCCGAGAUUGGAAGUUUGACAUUAUUGACACGGCUUGACCUGCGUCAGAAUCCACUGAUAUCAAGGGAUUCCCUUCCAACUGAGAUUCUAAGUCUGGACUCAUUGUAUUUACUUUUACUCUGA